AUGGCCCCACCAACCGUUCUCAUUAUUGGCUGUGGUGUCUCCGGGCCUGUGUUAUCACUGCUUCUCAAGAAGAAAGGAUACAAGCCAGUGAUCUAUGAGAAGGUCCGCGUGCUAGGUGAAGCCGGUGCAUCGCUGAUGCUCAAUCCAAAUGGGAUGAAAGUCUUGAAUCUGCUCACAAGUCCCAACAAACUCUUCGGAGACGUCAAGGCUCUGCCGUUAGCUAAUCUCUGGCAUGGGACCGGUUCAGGCGAGACUUUAGUGCAUAAUAGCUUGCCUAGUAAUUAUGCCGCCAGAUACGGGCAAUCAUCAAUGGGUAUUAAGCGGACAACAUUGAACAUUUCGCUGAAGGAAAUGGCUUUGGACGCAGGUAUUGAAGUUCAUGAGGGAUUUGAGCUUGUUGAUAUCGAAGAAGGUGAGGCGUCUGUCACCGCCCACUUCGGUAACGGGCAAUCAGUCACGGGGUCAUUCCUCGUCGGUUGUGAUGGUAUUAAGGCAGCAUCUCGACGCAUCCUGCUUCAGAAUUCCGGAACAAAGGAGGGACCUCCAAUAUUUACUGGGUUGACACAAACUGCUGGUAUCUCGAUGACCCCAAGUGCACUGUUAGAGAAGCCCGCCACUAUGUCGAACUGGUAUGGGAAUGCUGUGCAUCUCAUCGCGUAUCCAGUUUCGACGACGCAUAUCUCGUGGGCCGUUACGCUAUCUCAGACAGAGGAACGCCCUGAGGCAUGGAAGCUGGCAACAAGGGUCGAAUUGGAGGCAAAAAAGCAAGAUUUGGAGGCCAGAUUGAAGGGCUUUGAGCCAGCUCUGUUGGAAAUGGUGAGAACGGCAGAACGAAUUAUCUCAUUUGGGCUCUUUGAUCGUGCGGAACUCAGUGGAGAUGAGUGGUUCUCGAGCCGUUGUGUGUUGAUCGGCGACGCAGCGCACCCGACAAGUCCACAUUUGGGACAGGGAGCGAACCAAGCAUUGGAGGACUGCUAUCAUCUUAGCCGUCUACUCCCUCAGUUGAAUGGAGACUCUGAUGGGAACCUUGCAGCCCUUUCUCCGAUUUUUGAAGAAUUUGCACGACUGCGGCAGCCGCGGACCUCAGCCUUGGUGAAAGGUGCUCGGAAGAAGGGAGAGGAAAGGGUAGUGACCGGAGGUCCGGAGCUUUGUCGGGCGCGCGACGCUCAGCUCGUUGUUGCGUUGGGAGAUGCUGAGGAGAUACAGAGAGGGAAUGACCAAUUGUAUAGAGAACCUUUUUAA